UAUAUGUUUUAUAUAGUUGGGCAUGUGUGGGUAAUCAAUGUUUUAUGUGUCAUUUAAUACGAUGGAUACGUUAUCGAUGUUCCUCGACUAGUUUGAUAAAGACAGUGCCAGCGGUUUGGUAAUAAAUUUUAAAAGCUAAAAAAGUGCACUAAUAUAAUUAUGUUCCGCUUCAUUAGCAAUGUUUUGCUUCCUGUAAAUGUUGUUGACAAUAAUCCGGAAGUAGUACAAAUAGUGAAUCACAAUCCAGAACAAGUGCAAAUAGUGGAUCACAAUCCGGAACAAGUACAAAUAGUGGAUCACAAUCCGGAACAAGUACAAAUCGCGGAUAACAAUCCUGAACAAGUCCACAUAAUCGACAAUAAUCCUUGGAAUGUUCAUGUUAUCGACAACAAUCCUUCACACGUUCACGUAAUCGACAAUAAUCCUUCGAUUGAUGUCAUCGACCCCGGUUUUUAUAGACCAGGCAACGGCGACGUAAUCGACCCAGGUUUCUACAGACCGGGUAGACCAAUCGACGGCUCUGAGCUCAUCGACAAAGAACCGCUGAUUAUCGACCCGCCAUACAGACCUCGUUUCCCCGCUGACCAGCCCUACCUGCGUGGAGGAAAAUGAGAGAAAAUAAAAGCAGACUACCAUGAAACCUAAAACUACUGUGAAAAAUUAACUAUUGUAAUAUAAAUAUCUAAAUAUAAUAAAUUGUUUAUCCGAUUAAAA